AUGGAGACUGUAAAAACCUUUUCCACAUCGAGAGGUUCCUCACCUAGUCCUCCUAAAGCCCCCCUGGACCACAAAUUCCCCUCCCGUACCCCUGAAGCACGCUUACCCAGCGACGAUCCCAGCAGCACGUCGCCUUCGCUGUCUCCAGUGCCAUCCAGUACUGAAGCGUUCGAUGCUCCAGGCGAGACUCCCAACGAGGAGGUUCUUCCUGUGCCUCCACGAUUCACAGUUGUUAGCGACCCAGUUUCAACUUCAACGGUAGCUAACAGUGCAUUUCCAUCUCCAUACUCAGCUGCCAGUGGACAUAAUAACUUCAAGCAGAUCGUCAUUCAUACGGCUAAAUGUGACAAAUGCAACGAUCACAACAAAGCCACCCUGAAUCGUUGCACGACAUGUGGCUUUCAGAUCUGCACCCCAUGCUGGAUCCGCCGGGGUGGUGGGCAUCACACUGGCACGAGGACAUUUACAGGUCCUGUAUUUGAUCCCAAUGCCGUGGACGACAGUAUUGGCGAUGACGAAGGAGAUGUCGACGAACAUGGGUCUGAAGAGGAUGAGGUAAUGAUGUCUGAUACCUCGAAUGAUGUGGGGGAUGGUGAUGGUGGAAUGGUCAUCACCACUGAUAACACUGAAUCAGGGGACGACGAGAGUGUGGUUAGCCUGCCAGGAAAGCCAUGUAUUGGAACACGAAGUGCCACUCGUCGUAGCGUUUCCCUCUCCUCGAGCUUGGCACCCAACAGUAGCACUGCUGAUUAUAAGGAAUUUUCUGAUCCGACCCACGUCGAAGACGGCAUCGACAACGACGGGGGGAGAAAUAAUGACGGUGUCGUUUUCCUAGGUAGCAGGCCUCUCAAUCACAAUGCCGGCAACGACAAUUACCACAACUACAACCGGUAUUACUGCGACCUGACGGGCGACGCUCGCCAGCGUAUCGAUGCGCUCAUUGUCACCGCGUCGGUGUUAUUCCGCGACAUGGAUUCUAAUCGUACAAUGGUGGAGGUAUCCGCCCUCUCAAGCCCACUCACCCCUCCUUUAAACGCCCCAUACACAAACCAAACUCGGAGCAACCGCCUUUCGCCACCUCCAACACAAAACCGGGGCCAAGGGCUAUUACUCCAAAGUCAACGAACCCUCCCUCCCCUCCCCCUCUUCGUUCUCAUCGGCCCAGACGACCACCUAAUACCUGCAUGCAACGGGCAUCGCUCACAUCAACCCAUCCAACCCUCCUAUCUGACGGACAUCUUCAGAGAUCCUCUCCCUCCAACUCUGCGCAUAAGCCAUGUGCGGGAGGAUCGAGGGUAUUCGACAAAUCUACCAGCGUCGCGCUCCUCCAACUCCACCUCACCUUGA